AUGGCAAUGAAUACCUCAUCAACUUGUAUCAAUUCACUUACUGAUGAUCUUGCAGAAAAAUGCUAUAACAAACAAAAUCGUAAAAAAAAUAGUUGGAAAUGUAAUGAUAAUCAUAAUUAUAUCAAAAAUUAUGGUCAUCUUGGACAUAUUUUAUAUGAUCAGACAUCUUUUGAAUUUAAACAAUUAUCUACAACAAUUAAAAACAAUAUGGUAAAUAUACCAAUUAUUGAAGCAUUCUGCUUACCACAAUCACAUCAAAAACUAAUGGAAAGAUUUUAUAAAAUUUUAUGUACAAUAACAUUAAUGGGAAAUACUUCAAUUGGUUCUUCAAUGAAUUUAACUAGAAGCGGUUUAAUUGAUAAAGCAAUAAUUAUUAUUAGAAAAGUUUGUCUGAUUAAAAAAGAUGACGAAAAUUUAUUGAAAACAUUUGAUAUUCAGCUUCAAGAAAUUGAAGAAAUUGCUACUAAUAUGGCUAGUGAUAUGGGAUUAACAGUUGUCUCUUCAACAUCAUUAAGAAUUUUAAGAUCACCACAGGAGACAGUUAUCAAUAUGUUACCAUACAAAAAUGUAAAUACAAAUAUGCAAUAUGAACCUAUUACUAUUUCGGAUGAUAAAAGUAUUUUUGUUAAAAGAAAUUACAAUUGUAUUAAAGCUAGAGGUGUUAGAGUACAAAUGACAGGAAAAAUCUAUCUUAAAAAUACAGAAAAUGUUAAUGUUUUAGGUAGAUUAAUUGGUCCACGUGGUAGUACAAUAAAAGAUCUUGAAAAUUCAACACAUUCGAAAAUAACAAUAAGAGGAAGAGGAUCAAUGAGAAAUUCUGUUGUUGAGGAAGAUUUAUAUCGUCAAAAUGUUUGUGAACAUCUUAACGAACCACUACAUAUUCUUACAACUGUUCAUGCAACUUCUGAAGUUGAUUGUUAUAGAAAAUUAGAAUAUGCAAGAAAAAAAAUUAUAUAUACUCUUUGUCAAAAACCAUCAAUUGUUUGA